GAAAAACUUUAUUCCGUACGGACUCUUUCACUUCUUCUGGCCGAAUAUUCUUCUUUUGACAGGGAAGCGAUUGACGAUGGCAGCGGACACGGAGAUACCCCGAACAUAGAUCGCAUGCAUUACGGACAUCGGAGGAUGGAUCAUUGCCUGUUGAGCCCCGUUUCUCCGGCGAGAGCAUUUGAAUAUAAACAGCUCGAGCUCUCCCUUGGCUACCAUCUAUCCUUCAUCCUUUCUAUUUCAUUCAUAAGCAAUAAAUCCUCAUUCAACAUACAGACUUGACCAACAUUCGCCAGGACGAAAAUGGCACCUCAACCCAAAAUCUCUGCCUUCUCUGCUGCAUUCCCCCCCGCCCCAACCUUCACAGAUGCCAAUCUCCCAUCUCAGAAAGGAAAAGUAAUCAUCAUCACCGGUGCAGCGUCAGGCGUUGGUUUCGAGCUUGCGAAAAUGCUCUAUCUCGCAGGAGGAACGGUGUACAUUGCCGCUCGCUCGACUUCUCGUUGCGAAGGAGCCAUCUCGAGAAUCCUCGAGCAGACAGAACACACAGAAAGCGGUAAAGGGAAGGGAAAAGGGAAACUGGAAAGCAUUGUUGUCGAUUUGGCGGACCUAGCGACUGUGAAGCUUGCUGUGGAGAGUUUCUUUGCGAAAGAGCAGAGGCUGGAUGUUCUUGUGCACAACGCGGCUGUUAUGACGCCGCCUGCUGGGUCGAAGGACAAAUUGGGCCACGAUCUCGAAAUUGGUACGAAUUGCCUUGCGCCAUAUCUCAUGACUCUCCUCCUUGAACCGAUCCUCAUCCGAACUGUGAAGAUGGCUGGGACGCCCGAAGGAAGCGUGCGGAUUGUGUGGAUUACCUCGCUCUUGCAUGCAGGUAGUCCGUACAUGAAGUUUGAGGAUGACGGGACACCGGUGGUGUUGGCGAAAUUGAUGGAUAAUUAUAUGCAGAGCAAAGUUGGUGCUGCGUGGCUAGGGGAUAAGUUUGCGAAACGGUUGGGAGACCAGGGGAUUUUGAGCGUAAGUUUGCACCCGGGGUUGAUGAGAACGGAGUUGCAGAGGCAUUGGCCUUGGAUUGGUCGCUUGAUUAUGCGUAUCCUCUUCAAUAAGGGACCGGUGUAUGGAGCAUAUUCUGAAUUGUAUGCCGGAUUCUCGCCUGAGAUCACCAAGAAGGAAAACGGCGGACAUUUGAUGGCUUGGGGUCGAAAGGCACAUCUUCCAAAGGAGCUCGAGGAUGGAUUGAAAAGUGAGGCCGAGGGAGGUACUGGUGCUGCGGAGAAGUUCUUUCAGUAUUGCAAUACGGAGACGAAAAAGUUUCUUUGAGGGGGGCUUUGACUGGGGUGACUAGUGUACUAUUAGCUCUAGAAAGUGAUUUAGAAAUUGUUGUAGUCGUCGUUUUCGGUUGUGAAGUCUCCCACGAUGUC